AUGGAUCAGAGUUUGUGGGAUGCUGCUCAGCAUGGAAGCAUCGAUGCCUUGUACGCAUUGAUACAAAGGGAUCCAAAUGUUUUGGACAGAAUCGAUGACAUUCCAUUUGUUGAGACUCCUUUACACACAGUUGCAUCUGCUGGGCACACCCGGUUUGCCAUGGAGAUCAUGAGGUUAAAGCCCUCAUUUGCUAGGAAGCUUAACCAAGAUGGUUUCACUCCCAUGCACCUUGCUUUGCAAAAUAACCAAACCCAAUUGGCAUACCGACUAGUUUCUGUUGAUAAAGACCUUGUCCGGGUCCAAGGAAGGGAGGGUGUGACUCCUUUGCAUUACGUUGCUAAAAUGGGAAAUCUCGAUCUUUUGUCCAAAUUUCUAGACAAUUGUCCCACGUCUAUACAAGAUGUAACAAUUAAAGGAGAGACUGUUUUUCAUAUCGCCUUGAAGGACAACAAUCUACAUGCUUUGAAGUACCUUAUAAAAUGGCUUCAGUCUUCCACCAAUCAAUAUGCUUCAUCCUGGGAAAAGAAAUUGCUGAACUGGGAGGACGAGGAAGGCAACACUGUGUUGCACAUUGCGGUAUCCAGAAAUCAACCCCAGGUCGUGAGGCAGUUAUUGAAUGUUGGAGUUCAAGUAAACCGUAAGAAUUUAAUGGGUUUGACAGCUUUAGACAUCUGCUUGCAAGGCGGCAACAAUAAGAGAUCGAUGAAGUGUAUGUUAUGUCGUGCCGGAGCUAAAAGGGCUUCUUCCCUUCCUACAGUUAAACCUUAUGAAGCUCUCCUCAAAUCUCAUGGCCCAAUUUACUCGACUUAUAAAAAGUUACUGACAUGGAGGUUGCGUCAACAAGAGAAGACAACAAAUGACUUGCGCAAUAUAUUGGUGGUGAUUGUGGUGUUGUUCAUAACAGCAACGUACCAAACCGCACUCAGCCCUCCCGGAGGAGUUUGGCAAGAUAACUACAAUCCUCCAACUGAUGAUCAGUUCAAUAGCACAUUCCCGAUCAUCCCGAACAACGUUACUAGUGACCUUAGUCCUACCCCACACAGGGUAGGGACAGUAACCAUGAAAAACAAUGACUUUACGCUACUCACUAGUACUAAUGGUGCUUGCUUUGUUCUAUCAGCUUUCAUAAUACUCCCCUUCGUCAUCCCGUUAGAUGCGAUUAGUGUUUUGUGUUUCUCACCCAUGAUAUUCCUCUUUGUGUCCUACGUGAUUUCAAAUGCCAUCAUAAAUCCAUUUGGACCAAUUGACUGGAUUCAUUUUUAA